GAUGAGCAUGUAAUAAUUUCCAAACUAUUAUCCUUAUAUAUUAGAACCUUAAGUAACAUUUUAAGGAGAGAAUGAACAACAAAGUAUAACAAUAAUACAUUAUUAAUUCAGAAUAAAGUUCCAAUUCAAAUUACAAUGAAUUUAAUUUCAUUCAUUAGAAUUUUUAUCCUUCUGCUUAUCCUCAUUAUUAAUUUGAGUAUGUUCAGGAACAUGAAAUCCCAAGUUAAAUAAAAAUGAAAAAAAACAAAAAAAAUAAGUAAAAUUAAUAUUUAUAUUGUAAAUAGGAAUAACGACUAAAAAGGGUUAUUACCAAAAACAAUGGAAUCAGAGAAAUAGAUUAUUGAAGAUCUUUAAUAAAUAGUUGUGCAAUAGUAAGGAGAAUAGAUGUAAUAAAUAUAUUUAAUUUGAUUUAAGAAUUAAGCCAAUUACUUCUUAUCCAGUAUUACAUUAUAAAUAGGGAAGUCAAAUGCCUAAACUUUAAUCUGAUUUAAUUUCAAAUUAACAAAAUGAAGUAGUAGGUUCAUAAGAAGGUUCUCAAUAAACUUAAAAAUAGAAAGGAUAGAAUUAAUAAAUAAAGAAACAAAAGAAAGAGAAUAUAAAUACUGGUCAUUGGUCAACGGAUGAACAUACAACUUAUAUUUAAUUUUUGUAAUAAUACUAGAAUAUAAUGACAUCUUCAAUGAUGAAGAAAACAUCUAAGAUAUUUAAAUAGAUGAGUGAAUUGAUAGGAACCAGGACUCCUAGUUAAUGUAGAAGUCAUCAUUAGAAAUUUAAUCCUUAUGCUUUGAGAGGGGAGAAUGGUAAAAGAUUGCCAAGAACAGAAAGAAGUAGGGCAGGAAGAAAAAAGAAGAAUCCAUAAUCUGAUUUGCCUAAGGCAGGUAAUGAUUAUAACAUGAAUAAAAGAGGAAGGAAAUUUGAUAUUAAAUUACGAGGCUGCCGAUCCUUAUUAUUUAAUGAUGUUAGAAUAAUAGAAAUACUAUUAUGCAAGUGUACAUCAUUAAGAUUAUUGGAACCAAGGUUAAGAUAUAGAAUAGAAUUAAAGUAUUAAGAAAGAGGAAGAACCUGAUCUUUUAAAUCAUGGAUAAAUGUAAUAGAUUGAAUUUGAUGAAUAUUUAAAAUAUAGUUCUUUAAGGAAUGGAAACUAGCUGGAUUACAAUUUCGAAGUUAGAAAUCAAGCAGUAAGCGAUUUAUUAAUAUGAU